AUGGAACAUGAAGAGUUAUAUGAUGCCCUAGACAAUUCGAGACCAUCAGAACAAGAGUUACCGCUUGAAGAUUUUGGUGAUUGUGAGUUGAAAUCCAAGCCAUAUGUCGGAAUGCAAUUUGACUCCCUUGAUGAUGUUGAAACUUUUUACAAAGAAUUUGCCAAAAAAGAAGGUUUUGGAAUCCGUAUCCGUACGAGUAAAAAAGCACCCAGAAGUGAUGAUGUAACAAGUCGUAUUUAUGUAUGUUGUAGUAAAGGGCAGUGCAAAACAAAAAAUGCAUUAGACAAUGGUUUGAGUAGAGAUGAUGAAAACAAGGCUCGUAGAAGUUGCUCAAGUCUUAGAACUAGAUGUGAAGCAAUGCUUAGGGUCAUGAAGAAUAAGAAGUUGCAGAAAUGGGUUGUGAAGGGAUUUGACAACAACCACAAUCAUGGUAUUAUUAGUCCAAAGAGUGUGUCAUACCUCCGAUGCCACAAAAAAAUGUCUACCGCUGCUAAGAGUCUAGUUGAAAAAUUUGGUGAAGAAGGUCUUCCAACAGGAAAAGUUGCCAUGAUGUUCAAUGUAGGUGACCAAACAUUUACAAGUAGAGAUUGUUGGAAUCACUUGAGAGAUGUUAGGGGAAAAAAUCUAGAUGUUGGAGAUGCCUCAGCUGUCCUUAAUUAUUGCCAAAAACAACAAGCUCAAAACUCCAAUUUCUUUUAUGCAAUUCAAUGUGAUGAUGUUGACCAUAUGGUUAAUUUUUUUGGGGUGGAUGCGCGAUCAAGAAUGGCUUAUCAAUACUUUGGGGAUGUAGUGACAUUUGACACAACUUACAAAACAAACAAGUAUGAUAUGCCAUUUGCUCCUUUUACGGGGUUAAACCAUCAUUGUCAAUCAAUUUUAUUUGGUUGUACAUUGUUGCAAGAUGAGACAGAACAAACUUUUGUGUGGCUAUUUGAAACUUGGCUUCAAGCAAUGUGGGGGAAGAAACCAAAAUCUAUUAUUACAAAUCAAGAUUUAGCCAUGGGUGCAGCUAUUGCAAAGGUAUUCCCAAGAACUCGUCAUCGUCUUUGUCUUUGGCAUAUUAAGAAGAAAUUUCCAGAGAAACUUUCCCAUAUAUAUCAUAAGAAUUCAAUAUUCAAACGUGAGUUGAAGAGAUGCAUUCGUGAGUCAUCUAGUGUGGAAAAAUUUGAGGAGGCUUGGAAGAGCCUAAUAUUGACUUAUGGCUUGGAGAGAAAUGAAUGGCUUGAAGGAUUAUAUAAUAUUCAAGAGUCAUGGGUACCGGUUUACAAUAGAAAUACUUUCUUUGCAGGAAUGAACACCACCCAGAGAAGUGAAAGCAUCAAUGCGUUCUUUGACUCCUUUGUUAACUCAAGAACUACAUUAAAGGAUUUUGUGGUCAAAUUUGCAAAGGCGGUGGACAGUCGUUAUAAGAAAGAAAGGAAGGAAGACUUUGAUUCAAGACAUAAAACACCUUCUUUGGUAAUUGGCUCAAAAAUAGAGCAUCAAGCUGCUUCUAUAUACACGAGAACCAUAUUUAACAAGUUCCAAAAAGAAUUGGUGAGUAGUAACCACUUUACAAAGGAAAAGGUUGAGAAAAAUGGAACUUUUUAUAGGUACAAAGCAACAAGUUCCUUUGAUCCAGAUGAUGCAUUUAUUGUGAAGCUGAACUUGGAAUCAAAAGUUUGUGAAUGUGACUGCCAACUUUUUGAGUUUAUGGGAAUUGUUUGUAGGCACAUGUUAUUAAUCUUCCAAGUUAAAAAUAUUUUUCAGAUUCCUAGCCACUACAUCCUACAACGUUGGACAAAAGAAGCAAAUAAAGAACUCAAAAGUGUAGAAUAUAGAUCAAGCUUUGAGGAUGAGCAUCAUAUGUCAAGAGCCUUACGAAGCAUCCAUGUUUGUCAACGUGUAAGUCAAUUUUCUUACCUUGUUGAAAAAUCUGAAGAUAUAUAUAAAAUGAUAAUCUCAGACUUAGACCAUACCCUUAAGAAAGUUUUUGGAAUGGAAAAUGAACUGCUUGAAGAUAAGGAAGAUGAUGAAAUGGAUAUGCAUCACAAGAGUGGUGAAUCAGCUGACAUUGUUGAAGUAGAAGACUGGUCUGUCAUUGUUCCUUUAAAUAUAAAAGAUCCACAUGUAUCACAAACCAAAGGUCGAAAGAAAAGUACCGAGAAACAAGGUCCUGGUGGGAGAAUUAAAGGUGGGCUUGAAAUAUCCUUAGCUCGUGCAACGACAAAAAGACGAUCUUGUCAACUUUGUGGGGGUUAUGGUCAUAAUCGUCGUACUUGUAAACAAUUUAAUGGCGAAAGAAGUGAUUACCAAGAUGAAGAAAACAUUAUAGAGAUUGAUGACAAUGAUAUUGAUGAUUUAGCAUAA